UGCAGGGUUACCGCGCCCAUCUCCGUCUGAUGGCCGGAUGAGAGGUGAACUGAACUGGAGAGAAGUGUUCCUUCAAGGAAGGCAACGGGAAGUGGCCACCGACGGACUUAUUAGCUGACCAAAGUCUCCAAUCGGACAUUUAUGAGUGCAGCUUUUCCUCGCAGUUGAGAUCCCCCCUCGUACAGGCUCAUUUCCCGCCCGCCGGAGCGAGUUUUGUCGCUGUGGAAGUGGACUCGGUACUUCUCCCGCUGCUAGUUAGCGAGCUAGCUCGUCUUGUUCGUUGAUGCGUGGAUUUGACAGCCACACCAUCGUUUUUUUCGGUCAAUGCCAUAUAAACAAAGGCCAUUUACGACUGAGAACAGAUCAGAACGUGUCCCGGCAGUAGGAGAGAGGCAGAGCUUUAGAAGAGGAAAAUGAGUGAACUCGACCAGUUACGCCAGGAGGCUGAGCAGCUGAAGAACCAGAUCAGAGAUGCAAGGAAAGCUUGUGCAGAUGCCACACUAUCACAGAUCACAGCCAACAUCGACCCUGUUGGCCGAAUCCAGAUGCGCACAAGAAGAACACUGCGAGGGCAUUUGGCUAAAAUCUACGCCAUGCACUGGGGCACGGAUUCCAGGCUGCUUGUCAGUGCUUCCCAGGAUGGAAAACUCAUUAUUUGGGACAGUUAUACCACAAAUAAGGUCCACGCCAUUCCUCUGCGCUCCUCCUGGGUGAUGACCUGUGCCUACGCUCCUUCAGGGAAUUACGUCGCUUGCGGAGGCCUGGACAACAUCUGCUCCAUCUACAGCCUCAAGACUCGUGAGGGGAACGUGCGCGUCAGUCGUGAGCUGGCCGGACACACAGGAUACCUCUCUUGCUGCCGCUUCCUUGAUGACAACCAGAUUGUGACAAGUUCUGGCGACACCACCUGUGCUCUCUGGGACAUUGAGACCGGUCAGCAGACGACCACGUUUGCGGGUCACACUGGAGAUGUGAUGAGUCUGUCUCUGGCUCCAGACACCAGGCUGUUUGUGUCCGGGGCCUGCGACGCCUCCGCUAAACUCUGGGACAUCCGUGAGGGCAUGUGCAGACAGACCUUCACCGGCCACGAGUCUGACAUCAACGCCAUCUGUUUCUUCCCGAACGGCAAUGCUUUCGCCACUGGCUCUGACGAUGCCACCUGCCGUCUGUUUGACCUGCGCGCUGACCAGGAGCUCAUGGUUUACUCUCACGACAACAUCAUCUGCGGUAUAACCUCGGUGGCCUUCUCCAAGAGCGGUCGCCUGCUGCUCGCCGGCUACGACGACUUCAACUGCAACGUUUGGGACACCCUAAAGGCCGACCGCGCUGGUGUGCUGGCGGGUCACGAUAACAGAGUAAGCUGUCUGGGUGUCACCGAUGAUGGGAUGGCAGUGGCUACAGGGUCCUGGGACAGUUUCCUCAAGAUCUGGAACUGAACGCUGAAGAUAUCAUUUGAACUCCAAAGUUGACUGGAAGACCAUUCCAACUUUAGAAUGUUAAAUUUCACAGCAUCGUCAACAACAAAACACCUUAUAAAACUGACUGACACCACCAUGAAAAGAAAUAAAACUUCUAAGGGAAAACAAUGCCUUUCCUACACCAAGAAGAGCACAAUUUGUUUUAUCACCCAGCUUAAAAAAAAAAGAAAGAAAAGAGAAAAAAAAGAUGAAGAAUUCCUGUGGUAUCAAAUGAAUAACUUGCAUUCCCUCUCGGACCAUUCUGUGUGACCCUGUAAGAGAAAACACAAAACACUAUCAUCCCACGCUUAUGUACCAUGUGUCUAGAAAGCAAACGUUGGAGUGUAAUUGUACAAAUUAUUUAACUCUUAUUUUUUUUUUCCUUUAUUCUGAUAGUUCAUCUUCUAGAUCUUCUUCCCGUCUGUUUUUUUGUUUUUUUUCUGUUUAGAUGCGUUUCUGAUUAGUAAAAUCUUUUUAAUCCUGUUAUAAACCAUGUGAAAAUGAGAAAAGUCAUGUAUAAAAUGCUGAAACUAGACCAGGAUGGAUGGAAGAGCAGCUUCUUUUUUUUUUUUGUUGGUUUGUUUUUAAAGAUGCCAAUCAUGCGUUUUGUUCUUUUAAUGUGCACUAGGUUGCUCUAGAGGUUGUGUAGUUUUCAUUAAUGAGGAAAAAUGUUUAUGCGCCCUCCUGUGAAAGCUUAAUCUUCAUAUAUUGUUGGCCCCCAGACGGCGUUCACCUCUGUUUUUUCCCCAUCGGCUGGGCGAAUAAGAACAGCCAUGGCUUUCUAAAAACAAAUGUAAUCAUGAUCUGUGCAUUGGUUAACUUUUUUUUUCAGUGUGAAUCCUGGUCCUUUGUCAUUCGAGAAAAAAAGAAAAUGCCAUAAAAAUGCCAUAUCUCUUUUAAAUACUUUGCCAUUUCUGAGAGUCCGAGGUACUCGCUUCAUUUAUCUGCGAAUGGCCGUUGUAAAUAUGGGUAUCCGACUUGCACGCGAAUGCAGCAUUAUAUCCUAGCUAAUGUUUCUUUCCAGUCUCGUCACAGCUUUGUUUGCACAAUAAGAAACUUGACUAACGUUUUAAGCGUUAACUAACCAAGCACAUGCCGUUAAUCACAUUGAAUGCUAAUUUUAAUGUAGAAAAUGCACAAAAAAGUAAAAAAAAAAAGGUGAAAAAUACACAAAAAAUACGAUCCUCUCUUUUAUUGGAUUAAAAACUGUUCAGACUAACCCCUUAGCUUAUCUUCCGGUCUUACGUUUCUACUUUCUCCUCGGUUGUUUUGUUUUAAGCUUUUAGCUUUAAUUACGAUUGUUUUGUCGGGGGUGGGAGGUUGUUUUGGUCGGGCAAGCGGGAGGUUGGGCGGGUAAUGUUUUGUUUUUUCCAGUGGUGUCGGGAUUGGUGGUUGAAAGAAAAGAAGGAAAAAAAACAAACAAAACAAAACGUUUUCCUUUUCGUUCGUUUGUUUUUAGCCCAGUUCCAGAAAGAGAACAGAUAGCCCUGUCUGUGCUUGGAAAUACAGUUACUACUAUGUGAAUGAAAUGUUGUACAAAUCAAUGUCUGAAAAUAAUGAUGAUUCUGAACUUUUUUAAGUUAAGCGUUUUAUUUCAUCUGCCAUGAAUUAACGUAGUCGCAUGCUGUAGAAUUUGCUUAAACAGGCGCUGACGUCUUUAGGCCCACUUUCCUCCACUGGGACGACGAAACCGAUUACGAAACUGCGAAAUUUGUGACUAUUGAAGCGUGGGGUUUUUUUUAAGACAUGCUGUGCAUACAUCCUUUACGUUCACUGGCGAAGCUAUGCACCUGUGAGGGAGAAACCACAUUUAUUUCCUGCAGACGACCUGUAAAAUAUGGCCAUGCUUCCUGAAAAUGUUCCAAAUUUUGCGAAAAUGUCCCGCUCGAGGUUUUCCGAAGUCAAAACGUUGCAUCGGAAAUCACUUUUUGGCUUUUCUUUAAACGUUUUGAAACGGCAUCUGACAUGGCAGAGUCUUCUGUUCCUUUUCCACUGUAAACAGAUGCACUUUCUUUAAUAGUUGUGACUUUUUUUUUUUCUUUCUUUUUUUCUUUUUUUUUUUAAACAAAAAAUCUUUUGUUUUUUCCUUUCUCUGCGAUAAUGUACAAUAAUUGUGAUGUAUUUGUGUGUGCUGCCACCAGUAAAGAUUAAUUGCAGUUCAAUUAAAAUGGAUUCCCCUUAUUUUCUCUCUUCAUUAAUAACUGUAGAUCUCAGCACUCCCUAUCUCACCUUUUGUAUUUAAUUUCAGUCUGUCGGUGUACCACAGAAAGCUGGAUGCAACAUAGAUACUAUAUUAAAAUGUACUGUUAUUUAAGAUGUAAUAAAACAAGUUUGAGAUGUC